UAUCAAUAUUUAUUUUUUUUUAACCCAAAAUGUAUCAAUUUACAAUUAAUAUUGUUUAGGCCAAGCUGUGCAUUUUUCUACUAGACAUCGUCCAGUAAAUUACGGUUACUCUGUUCCAUCAUUAAGCGAUGAAGAAGACUCUACGGACACUUGGACUUCUGCUAUGGAACCUGAGAAAGCAAAAACCAAAUCGUUUCAUGAAAGUGACACCAAUCAUUCAGUUACUAAAGCAAAAUUAGCGCUGUCAUCAACAAGUAUGGCAGGGAAGUCAGAUUCAGACAAAGGAAAGAGUUUGUUACCAUCAUCCAAUAAUAAACAGCAAAAAAGUGCUUGGUCAGGAUCCCAGUCAGCUGUUUCUCAUCGUUUCCCCAAUGACAAAGUGGCUUGUGAAUCCCAACCCCAUUAUUCCCUUUACGACAAUGACAACGCAUCUCCGAGAUCCGAGCCAUAUCAUUCCCGGUACGACAAUAACAAAGCGUCUGCUGUUUCUCGAUCUCAAAACUCACUCAGAACCGUUAAAUUUCGAAAUAAUGAAACUUCGUCACAACUCUUACAUCGAGGCAUAGUCAAAGCAAACUUUGGAAUCCAGGAUAAUCAGAAGUUAACAAGUGGAUUAUUUGAACGAAUGAAGUGGAUGGAUUUGGCUCUUCAAAAGAAAAUUUUAAAUGAUGAGCCAGAGCAAGAUGGUUUUAAUUUCGAAAUCUUCCCUCUCACUUCAAUGUUGGAAUUUGAAGAAGUGAACGACCAGCUCAAGCCUUUUCAUGCUCGAAAAUCUUUAAAAGAGAAACUUGCAGUAAUUGGAGGAAAAAGUCCUGCAAGUGUAGUGAGGAAAAUCCUAAAAAGGUUCUGGAUAAGGAGUUCGGCAAGCAAUUUAGCUGGUACGGGCGAAGAGGAAAUUGCAGCUUGGGAUCCUCUCUUCUUGGAAAAAUAA